AGGUCAACAGAAGCCGGAGCCUUGGUGAAACCCAGAAUCCCGCGGAGCUGGGAGAGAAGGGUGAGGAGGGGAAGCAGAGCUGCAGGUCACCCCAGUAGAGCACCUGGGAGAUGGCAGAGGCAGAGCCGAAGAAGGAAUCCUCAAAACACCACAGAGCACUGACCUCCAAGGACCUGGUGGCUCCGUCAGUAAAGCAGAUGAUCCGAUAUCAUAUGUUUGUCGAGCCCAGUGAGUUGCAGAACGAGGCCAAAUUACUGUCCAGCGGCAACUUCCCAGAAGUCCACAAGAAAAUUUUAAACCUGAACACCUGGCAACCUAGAGAGUCUGAGAAGGAGAGGCAGGCGCAGCAGAUCGGGGUGCUGAGGGCCGCGGAGGCCCGGAACCGAAUCCGUGCUCUGCGGCUGCGCUACGUCCACAUGAGGGCCCAGGAAAUCAAGUACCUGAUCAUCAACCAGGAAUCAGCACAGGCUGCUCUGAGGUUGGAGGCGUUACUCCUGCCAUAUAUGAACCCCCAGAAGCUGCCGGACGACUUGGACCAAAAUCAGAGAAGACGAGUGGAAUCCAUCCUGGAAGACACCGAGGGCCUUACGUUAAUGCGGAGGACCUGAGAGGGGGUGUGAGAGAAGAGGAAGCAGAGGAGAGGGGGAGCCAGGGGAUGGAAAUGGAUGGAUGCAAUACCCCUUGGCCUUCCCUUCCUUCCAAUCCCCACCAACCCAACUCCCACUCCCUUCCUCAUUCCCUCCCCCUCCCCAUCUUAGCCAUCACCAGCUGAUGAUAAAGAAUCGUUGAUCAA